GUGCUUCCCAGAAAUUUCCUUUUCCGGAGUCAAGAGAAAUUUCACUCACUAGUUUUAAAUUAAAAUUGAGCCUUUAUUACCUUCUCUUCGAAGGAGUAGGCCGGCUGACUAUUCCCGUCGUAAUGCUAGCCCUACGCCGCGUCCAACCCUGGGCUGUUGGUUUUGCGCAGCGAAGUGCGACAAAACAAGUAGCCCUCGCAUCGACAGCUGUAGACACUGACGGCUCGCAUUCUCAGUCAUCCGGCGAACCCGUGGCACCACAAAAGCAUCCUCGGGCAAUUAGAACACGUCGGCCUAGAAUUUCGCUGCAACAUCCGCGUGAAUGGAAUAGGCCUCUCGCAUUCGGUGUUCUUCCUGCGUUCGAUGAAGCACUGAAGGUCAUCAAAGAAGAUUCAAUGGCGCUCAAGGAUGAAGUAACGGCUUUGGAGGGAGCCAUUGCGCGUGAAAAGGAGACACCUCAGCCUGACCAGCACGCGCUGCGGAUGAUGGAGGACAAGCUCAGAAUUCUAGAAGUGCAGAGCGAGAUAAAUUUUCCUCAAGUGAGGUGGAAAUGUGCUAAUGGAAUGGCGGACAUGUCUAAAGCCGUGGACAGGCACCUUUUGGAGCAGCGGUGGAGGAAAGAAGGUGCAUUAGAUUUGUUGAUGGAACGUAUCCACCAGAUGAAGGUCGUGCCGGACGUUCUGCCUGAUAUCCAUCCCUCGCUGGACCUCAGGGUCAACUUCCCAAAAGUCAAGUCGAAUGCAGGGCUUCAGGCUACGGUUUCAAAGGCCGUGUACGAGCACGUUGAACCAGGAGUAUUUCUUCUUCCAGAACAGACUGUGGAGCCUCCUAAGAUAUAUACAACUGUUUUUCAUCCAGAGGAGCGACUAUAUACUCUUUUAAUGAUCGAUCCGGAUUUUCCUGAUGAGACCAAUAAAACAUUCCAGACGUAUCUACAUUGGCUUCAACCGAAUAUCCCUCUUUCGAGCGUUUCUCCCUCCCCAGUGCCAAACCUGAACACCCACACUGCCUAUAUACCUCCUCACCCGCAACGUGGAACUAACUACCACCGCUAUACCGUUCUACUCCUACCCCAACACUCCCGUCUAUCUAUUCAUAUGGUUGCGAAGGACAAGCGUACAGGUUUUGACGUAAGAGCAUUUAUGGAGAAACAUGGCCUAGAUAAGAAUGUAGGCGGAGGUGUCCAUAUGUGGCGAGAGGUUUGGAGUGAAGGAGUUCCCGCGGUUUACAAGGAGAUACUCAAAACUGCGGAGCCGAAGUUCGGGAGGAUGCCCAAAGCAGACCGAUAUGGGGAUUUUAGAGGGAAGAAGCGGUAUGUGUAACCACUCGACAGCGUGUCCUUCGGUGAUUGCCAGGGAAGCAAUACCUCAUAACUCUGAAACUCAUUGAUCCAAGUGAUCCCCGUUGAUUCCUCCUCCCACGCGAUGAAUUCAUAUAUGUUUUAUACAAAGACCGAUUCUUC